AUGCGACGCGACUUAUUGGCUGCCGCGGCAGUUGUCGCUUUGGCAGAGCGAACACUCGCUGCUCCCCGAGCACACACCUGGGCAGAGGCAGAACCGCAUCGACUUUCGGCACGAAACGUAGUCGACGACAUUUCCGACGACUAUGACUUUGUCGUUGUGGGAGGAGGCUUAGCGGGCCUUGUUCUCGGCGCCCGUCUGUCAGAAGACUCGAACCAUACAGUGCUUGUCCUUGAGGCAGGCGGCACGGGAGCCGAAUAUCAAGAUCAAAUAGAUGUUCCCGGAAAUGCAUACUACAAGUCUCUCUGGCCAACAGAUCUGAAUUGGGAUUUCUAUACCGUCCCUCAACCUGGCGCGAACAACACUGAAUGCGAAUGGCCUCGAGGGAAGGUGCUUGGAGGUUCUUCCGCCAUAAACGGACUAUACAUGAACCGACCGGGCGAGAUCGAGCUUGAUGCCUGGCAGGACUUGGUGGGCGAUAUGGACGGCGCCGAGAACUGGUCCUGGGACUCGUUCUACGCCGCCAUGAAAAAGAGCGAGGCUUUCAGUCCUCCAGUGGACGCAGUUGUCCAGGAAGAUGCCAUCACAUGGGACUCCUCGAGUCACGGAACCAACGGCCCUAUUCACACGACGUGGCCUGCCUACACUUUUCCCUAUGUUGGCCAGUGGUCCACUGCUGCAGAGAGCGUCGGCGUGGCCGUAACCAGUGAUGCCUACGGCGGGAAGAACUGGGGCGCCUAUGUUGCAACGUCCUCCAUCAACCCGACCAACUGGACAAGAUCAUACAGCCGUUCUGGAUAUCUCGAUCCUCUCCCGCCUCGUGCCAACUACGAUGUGCUUGCCAAUGCGUAUGUCACCCGACUCGUCUUCAACUCGUCCUCCCCCACAGGCAACCUGACAGCCAGCGGCGUCGAAUACACACGCGACGGCGGCGCAACCAAGUUGACCGUUGGGGUCAAGAAAGAGGUCAUCCUGGCCGGCGGUACCAUCGGCAGUCCGACCGUGCUCAUGUACAGCGGCGUCGGGCCUAAAGAUGUCCUUGAUGCUGCGGGAGUGGAAGUCGUGGCCGAGCUGCCUGGUGUUGGCCAGCAUCUACAAGAUCAUGUGAGCGUCACCGUGCAAUGGAGCACCGACCAGCCUACCUCAGGGUCUGUGUACGCCGAGAAUGGCACGGAGACGACGGACCCGAUCUUCCUCUCGUACGUCAACUCGGCUGUAGCGUAUGUCAACGCGUCCGUGCUCUUCGGCAACGCUGCGGGCGAUCUCAAAACCAAUAUCCUGGGCCAAUUCGAUCAAUAUGCCCAAAGCGCAAGCUCGGACACUGGAGUUGUGGCCGGCUACAAGGCCAUCUACGACACGACCGCCAACGACAUUGUCGACAGCCCUACGGGUCUGGUCGAAUUGCUCAUCGGCAACAACGUCGAUGGCGCCAUUCGCAUCGGCGCCGCUCUACAGCACCCUUUCAGCCAUGGCACGAUCACCAUCAACUCAUCCAAUCCCCUGGACUACCCUGUCAUCGACCCUAAGUAUCUGACUCAUCCCGCUGACAUCCAGAUCCUCCGCGAGGGCAUCAAACUUGCGCGGCGCAUCGGCGAGGCUGAGCCCUUGAGUAGCGAGAUGACAGGAGAGACCUGGCCCGGCUCCGACGUCCAAACCGACGAGCAAUGGGAAGAUUGGAUGCGCGGCGGUGUCUUCACCGAGUUCCACCCCUCCUCGACCUGCGCCAUGCUUCCCUUGGAUCAAGGCGGCGUGGUAGACGCCAACCUUCGAGUCUACGGGCUAGCCAACGUGCGUGUCGCCGACGCCAGUGUGCCACCUAUCGCCUUCUCUGCUCACUUGAUGGCUUCGACGUACGGCCUGGCCGAACAGGCGAGCACCUUGAUCCGCGCAUAUCAUAACAAAGUGAUCCCCCUCGUCGCUCACACCAGCUCCAACAACUCCACCGAUUCAAGCCGCACCUCGCACAAGGGCUCGUCGACCACCACAUCUGUCUCUUCCCCGACUGCGUCGUCUUCCGCAGCUAGCAGUUCAUCGAGCAGCACCAGUGGCGCCUCAUCCGUCAGUCACCAACCGUGGUCUUUUUUUGUCAGCGUGGCUGCAUUGAUGAUCUCGACCUUCGUGGUCACGAUUUGA